ACCCACCAGUUGAAUUGAGUGCGGCAAUGUUGUCUGCUCGAGGACGUAAAUUGAUUGAGACACCUCCCAAUGUCUUGUUAGUUGGGUUUAAUCUCUGGGAUAAGAACCGUUACGACAAAGACUCUAAUCCGACUGGAAUAAUAAAUCUUGUUACAAGUGAGAACAAGCUGGUAUUCGACGUUCUAAAGAAUAAGAUAAAUGAAGAAGGCAUGUUUGAAGACAUGCCAGAAGAAUAUUCUCAGUAUUUUGGGGGCUUACAGAGGUUCAACCAGCUUGUUGCAGAGUUCCUUACUGAAAGAAUGAAAACUGUGAAGCCGAUUGAUGCAGCAAACAUCGUGUCGAUGAAUGGUGUCACGUCUAUUGUGGCCGCUCUCGUGCAGGUGAUUUGUGAUGAAGGAGAUUCUAUUCUCAUUCCGACUCCGUUUUAUUCUGGUUUCUUGGGUGAUCUUGGCGUCAUUCCUCGUGUCAAAGCAUGUCCUGUACAUCUCUCCAGUCAGUGUGGUUUGAGCAGAAAUUCUUGGGAGCUGACUGUUGAUGCACUCGAAGAGGCAUUAGUGCAAGCAAAGAAAGAGGGCGCUAAUGUUCGUGCGUUGCUUCUUACUACUCCUAAUAAUCCGUUGGGCUGUGUGUACAGCAGAGAACAGCUUGUAUCGUAUAUGAACUUUACUAAGAGACAUAACCUUCACUGCAUCGUCGAUGAGAUCUACAUGAUGACAGUAUUUGAUGAGACCAUUGAGCACGUUAGUGCUCUCAGUAUUGAGCACCCUCCUGAUCCUGAACGAUUACACGUUUUGUGGGGUUUUAGUAAGGACUUUGCCGUAUCUGGGUUUCGAAGUGGAGUUGUGCUGACGGAAAGCAGAGACGUACUCGAAGCCUUGAACCAAAUGGGUCUCUUUUUUAGUCAGUCGACAUUGGCUCUGUGGUUGCUUAGCAAACUCUUGAGUGAUAAAGACUGGCUGGAUAGGGUUUAUUUUCCAACGAACCGGGUUCGUCUUAGAGCCCACUAUGACUUGAUGACGCGAUUUCUUGAUUCAAUGAGUAUUCCAUAUGUUGCAACAGGCACUGGUCUAUAUGUGUGGUGUGACCUAUCUCGUUAUAUGCGAGAGAAAACGUUCGAGGAAGAGGAUCGAGUAUGGAAGGCUUUGUUGAAGGCUGGUGUUCUUGUAGCUCCAGGUGUUGGCUUCAUGUGUGCUGAACCAGGCUGGUUUAGAAUUAUUUUUUCUAUUCCAAAUGACAGCCUUGAAGUCGCGUUUGAGCGCAUGAGGUCUUGUCUCUGUGAGCUAACAGAGUCUGAAUGUGGUAUGUUUGAUCAGGUAUUGAGCGUGCCUGCUGUUGAAGAGGAUCUGGCGUCUGCUGUUGUAUCAGUGUCGGUUGCUGGACAAAGUGAGGGUACCGAUGAGAGUUUGGAAGAUUUGGUUUUAUUGCUUAAACGGAAAAUUGCAGAAACGGAUUGGCUAGAGCAGCAGACAGCUGCUCUAAAUGAAAGUAAGUCUGAUGGACAUGGACAGUAGUAACUAUUGGGAAUAGGUACUUACAGAGUACUGUGGUAUACACACUGUUUGCCUUGUUAAAAAUGAUUUGCCAGAUCAAUAGAUUUAUUUAGUGUAUUUCUCUAGGCAGCUGUCGAACUAACUGAUGUAUGUAACUGUCUAACUUCGACUACUAGCUGUCAGUGUCCUGUUUUAUAUCAGCUGCUUUAAGGAUAAUGCUAUAGAUGUGCUAAGACGUCAUUGUUUCAAUGUUGGUAAUCACAGU